CGGCCAUGUUACUCGGGUUUUAUGUUUUUUAGACAGUGUUAUCGAGAAAGCAUGAAACAGUGCAUGUAUUUCACUGUUUUCCGGGUAGCUGUGAAUUCUUGUUGUACAUAGACAAUUACUGGACUUAGUUUCUUAAUGAGUGCCCCUUAACGGAGGGGUUAAGACCGCCGAGAUUGGGCGCAUCGCGAGUAAGCACGUCAAGGUGCCUCCAGCGUCCCGGAAAACUCCCUCGUCGCCCGGCAGUGAACGGGGAUCGGUCGCGGACAAGUCCGAGCGGAAAUUUUUAAGGAGGUCGAACAACAAGAGUCCGAUCAACAAUAUGAAUCACUGUGAGGAACAAGAACGACCGCAAAGUGAGCCAGAGGAGAUGGAAACGCAGGAGGCACCGGAUGACUCAUUAGUCCCUGAGGUCCAAGGUUCCGAUGUCAAUAAGGCAGACAGUGGAAACCAUGAGGGGGGCAAGAAGGAGGCGGAGGACCAAGUCACUGUCAAUGGAGAUGUCGCUAUGGAAGGAGAAGGGAAACAGACUGAACAUGAAGAAAAUGCUGAAGAAGAUGGGAGUCGUUCUGUAGCUACAUUCAGGUACACUUCGCAUGGCAUCAGUAAGCUCAAGGAGACAUCACUCAGCCCGUCCGUUAUUGUUAGGAACUUACCCUGGAAAAUCAUGGCGAUGCAGAGGACUUCAAACAGUGGGGAGCGAACAACGAAGACCCUGGGUUUCUUCCUGCAGUGUAACGCAGAGUCAGAGUCUCAGACGUGGUCAUGCCAAGCUUCUGCAGAACUUCGGCUUCUCAACCAGCGUGAUGGACCAGAUCAUACUAAACAAAUUAUUCACCUAUUCUACAGUAAAGAGAAUGAUUGGGGAUUCAGUCAUUUCAUAGCCUGGUCGGAUCUAUUGGAUCCAGAGAAGGGUUACAUCAAGGACGAUGCCAUUGUCUUAGAGGUCCAAGUAGUUGCAGAUGCCCCUCAUGGAGUCAGUUGGGAUUCCAAGAAGUUGACUGGUUAUGUUGGACUGAAGAACCAAGGAGCCACCUGCUACAUGAACUCCUUGCUACAGUGUCUCUUCUUCACUAAUAAACUCAGGAAGGCAGUAUAUCUGAUGCCAACAGAGAGUGAUGAUUCAUCUAAGAGUGUACCCCUAGCGCUACAGAGAGUCUUCUAUGAGUUACAACACACCGAGAAAGCUGUAGGAACAAAGAAACUCACAAAGUCAUUCGGGUGGGAAACCUUAGACUCUUUUAUGCAACAUGACGUCCAAGAACUCUGUAGAGUGCUUCUAGACAAUAUAGAAAUCAAGAUGAAGAAUACGUGUGUUGAGGACACCAUACCUAAACUCUUUGAAGGCAAGAUGCAUUCGUAUAUCAAAUGCAAACACAUUGACUAUGAGUCGGUCAGAAACGAACCCUUCUACGACAUUCAGCUGAACAUCAAAGGCAAGAAAAACGUGUACGAAUCCUUCAGGGACUACAUUGCUACAGAGACGAUGGACGGUGAGAAUAAGUAUGAUGCGGGAGAACAUGCUUUGCAGGAGGCUGAUAAGGGUGUUAUAUUUGUCAAGUUUCCGCCCGUACUUCACCUUCAGCUGAUGAGGUUCCAGUAUGAUCCAGUGACUGACUCCAAUGUGAAAAUCAACGACAGGUAUGAGUUUCCAUUUAAGUUGAAUCUGGAUCCGUUCCUGAAGGAGCCUGAAUCUACGCCUGCCGACUACACAUUACACUCGGUGCUUGUACAUAGUGGGGAUAAUCACGGGGGACAUUACGUCGGCUUUAUCAAUCCAAAUGGAGAUGGCAAGUGGUGUAAAUUUGAUGAUGAUGUUGUAUCGAGAUGUACAAAGCAAGAGGCCAUCGAUAAUAACUAUGGAGGUCACGAGGACGACCUCUCAGUCAGACACUGCACCAACGCAUACAUGUUGGUGUACAUCAGGGACAGCUGUAAAUCUGAUCUGCUUCUAACGGUGACUGACGAAGAUAUUCCUGAGACUCUCAAACGAAGGCUACAGGAGGAAAAACGGUUGGAGGCUCAGAAGCGCAAGGAACGGACGGAGGCUCAUCUAUAUAUGACCUUACAAGUUGCAUCAGAAGACGAUUUGUAUGGUCACCAAGGCAACGACCUCUGUGACUACGAUAAAAUGAAAUUUAGGGAGUUUCGUCUAUUAAAAACGGCAACGUACCGUGAUGUCAUGACGAUGUUGGCGGAAGCGAUGGGGUACCCUGAAGAUCAGAUGAGAAUAUGGCCAUUCAUCAAUCGAAGCAAUCAAACUUAUAGACCUACAGUGCUGGACUUUGAAGAUCCAAGCAAAACGAUACAUGACAUAGCUAAUGGUGAAUCUGUAUGGACGGUCUUCCUGGAGACACAGCAAGCAGAGUUCCCUAAUGCUAGUCUGCCUAGUUUCGAUAAGGAAUGUGACGUCUUACUAUUUCUCAAGAUGUACGAUUCGAAACUCAAGAGAAUGUCCUUCAACGGUCACAUCUACGCCCCAAUCAGCACCAAGAUCAGUGACUUACUACCAGUGAUGUGUGAGCGAGCUGGAUUCCCACUGAGUACUCCACUAGCCCUAUAUGAGGAGGUCAAACCUAACCUAACAGUAAAGAUUCCUGACGUGACAUUACAACUUGACAAGGCUUUGGAUGAGUUGAUGGAUGGUGACAUCAUUGUCUUCCAAAGGGAUGAUCCAGACAACUCACAGUAUGAGCUGCCAACGGCUAGGGAUUAUUUCAGGGAUCUCUACUAUCGUGUUGAUGUGACUUUCCUGGAUAAGAACAACCAAGCUGAUCAAGGAUUCACGCUCGUCUUAUCCCAGAAGAUGAAUUACUUCCAGAUUGCUAAGGCUGUAGCAAACCAACUAGACACCGAUCCAAUGCUUCUACAAUUCUUCAAGAGCCAAGGACAUAGAGAUGGACCUGGCCACCCACUACGCUGUACAUACGAUGGAACCCUUAGAGAUUUGUUAUCUACGCUAAAACCAAGACAGCCCAAGAAGCUGUAUUACCAGAAGUUGAGCAUCAAGAUAAACGAGUUGGAGAACAAGAGACAAUUCAAGUGUAUCUGGGUCAACGUCAAACUCAAGGAAGAGGAGCUGGUGUUAUAUCCCAACAAGACAGACACAGUGAAGGACUUACUAACAGAAGCCAAGAAGUACGUUCAACUGUCUGAGAGAGGAACAGGGAAACUAAGAUUACUUGAUGUGAUCAGCAACAAGAUUUACCAAGAGCACAAGGAAGAAACCCUCCUGGAUCAUCUCAAUCCUGCAGGAACCAAGACCUAUAGGAUAGAGGAGAUACCCGCAGAUCAACUGGAGCUAGGCGAUAAUGAAAUGUUGGUUUGUACGGCCCACUACCAUAAAGACCUAUUCAGCACAUUUGGAACUCCAUUUCUUCUAAGAAUCAAAGAGGGUGAAUCUUUCGCAGAUGUCAAGGAACGAUUGCGAGAAAUUCUGGAUAUCUCAGAGAAGGAGUUAGAAAAAAUCAAAUUUGCAAUAGUUGUCAUGGGAAGGCCGACAUAUAUUUCAGAAGAGGGUGAUGUCAAAGUUAGUUUGAAGGAUUUCCAGCCACAAAUACACAGCGGUGGCACAGCACAGCCGAGGCCCUGGCUUGGCCUAGACCACAUGAACAAGAACAAGAAACCUAGAUUUAACUACUUUGAGAAAGCCAUCAAGAUCUUGAACUAGAGCAUCUCCAAGCACACCAAGCUUCUCAAUCCCUCCCGCCCCCAAUCACUGCCGGUAGCAAGUGGCAGCGACUUUACAGCAGUCGGUUUAUAAAAGUUGCAUUUUAUCCUUAUAUGAUAAUUAUUACCAUGGAUUUUUUUAAUCCACUAGAGGAAGUUUCUUUUUUUUUUUUUUUUUUUUGUUCUCCAAGGAAAAAAUCAAUUUCUUAAACUGUGUAUCCAAUUUUUGAAGAGUUUUCUUGAGAGUGUUUUUUUGGGAAGAGGUAGUACAUUGUAAGCUUCAGCGUUAGAAAGGUGCACAUAGAAGCAAGCAUCCUGGGGGGCAGUUUUUAUUAAGGUUUUUUUUAUGGUUGGCAAAUAUUCUCCGCUAACCUGUGUAAUACGCUUGCUUCUGCAAGCGCAGAUUCUUUGCUAACCUUAAGCAGAGCCAUGAAAUUUGGCCUUGUUCGUUGGAUUAGUAAGGUUUCUGUGUGUACCUUUAUGAAAGAAACCGCUGUUUUCUCUAAAUUCAGUAUGGGGCUAUUAAAGGAACACGUUGCCUUGGAUCGGUCGAUUUGGUCUUUGAAAAGCGUUCUGUAACCGUUUGUUA